AGCCUGCAGUCAUGGCUGCAUCGAAGGAGACUUCACUGCCUCUAAGACACCUGACGGGCACUUUCACACACCAAAGAGAGCUCACGCUAAAAAACAGCCACCUGCAGCAGCGCUGGCAGGAGCUGAAGGAGAGAGAGCUCAUCGCUCAACAAAACAACAGGCAGCUUCUACAGCAGUUUGAUGAAGCCCAGGAAACACUGAGAGAGAUGUUAACACUCACUGCUGACAUGAAAACUAUUCGGAAGGAGUACGAGCGGUACCUGGAGGAGAGUUACCCCCGCUGGCAGCAGCAGCUCGAGGAGAAAAAUCAGUCUGCUCAAAGACAGAGUAUGGAGGAUUAUUUAAGGUCAUGUCUAAAGAACAGAGAGGAACGGGUGUCAAAAUAUUCAGCAGAUCGACCUUUAUAUUCAAAAGGCCAUACAACAGUGUCACAGCAAAUGGCUGCACCUCCAAACCAGUACAGCCAAAACCACCACAUGGACUACAACCGACACGGCUGCCCUCGUCUCCCAUACAUGCAGUCUUCCUGGCAGACCCAUCCUCAAUUCCAGACAGCAAGGUAUCCUAUCAGAGCCCAACAUCAACCUCAGGGUUACUCUCAUGUUCCUCCAUUUUUCCCCCAACAUCCUGACCCAUUCCAGCACCAACAACUCGCCUCAACACCCGGUCAUCAUCACUCCAGGCAAAAUGCACCAGGCUGGGCCUCCGUGCAGCCCAACCAACCCUGCUCUUUGGCUGCUGGUGCGGCGGGGAUCUCCGCAUGCUCUGAGGCUCUGUGGGGUCAGCUCUACAGGGAGGAGCCCCCUCCUGAGAUGGAGGUGACUGAGGAAGAGGUAGACACAAGCCAAGCACCAAGCUCAAAGAGAGAGAGCAGGAGUGGAGGCAGCUGUCGUUUAUCCCAGGAGCUGGACAUCAAACCAGUUCGUCUGUCUGGUGGCCCUGCAGAGAGCAGCGUGAGCAGCAGGGAGUCGUGUCAGGGGAGCAAAAAGAAGAAGAGAGGCACAUCACAGAGAUCGUCCUUGAAGAGCUGCAGUUCUCAGGAGUCAUCUGAGAGUUCAAGUGCAAUUGUCAUUGCUGCAUCUACAGCGGCCCAAGACUUAGGAAGCGAGGCCUCAUCAGAGAAAGGCAGAUCAAGCACAAGUAGGAGAACGAGGAGGAGUGGGGGGCUCACUGUCGGAUCUCCAACUGCUGAGAAGACAUCGAAAGAGAGCAAGGGAGAAGACUCCGGGAGUCACAGAGAGGAAAGUCGGUCAACUACUGCGGAGUUAGGGAGUCUAAUUGAGGAGACCAGGAUUGAAAAAGGAAGUAAUCAAAGACAAGGUGAUAAUUCAGAGAGCUGUGGAGAGGAGUCUGGAUCCCAGAGGGAGGAGGAAUCAGGAAAUAUUCAAAUAAAGAUUGGAAACAGAGGUGGAGAUGAAACAGAAAAGCAGGAAAGUAACAGCUCUGAACAAAGCAAUGUAGAGGAAAGGGAUGAGGAAGAACCAGGAAGGGGAGACGGAGAGGAAGACAGUGGUGGCACUGACAAUCAGGCAGAUGAAGAGCAAGAUGAAAGCGAUGCGUCUGAAGAUGAUGAUGCAGCUUCCGAAAGAAAGAAUACGACAGAUGAAGAAGAGGAGUCAGGAUUGGAAGAAGAGUCAGAGGAUGAGAAAAAGGGUGAUGGUGAGGAAGCAAAGCAGCGAAAUGAUCGAAGAUGGUGGGAACCAAAAAGGGGUUUCCACAUCUUCUCAAGAUGAAGAUGAGGACGAGGAUGAGAGUGAAGGAGAGAGGAGAACACUGAGGAUGAAGAAUCAGAUGAAGACGAGCAAAGAGGAGAUGAAGCAAGAGAACCAGAGGAGGAAAGCGAUUCAGACGACAGCAUCAUCUCGCCACAGCAAAACAGAUCUAAAAAGAUGAACAUUAUUCCUGAGGGAGGUGAAGAGAGGAAGGACUCAAAACGGGAUCAUCUGAGAAUGAAUUCUGUGACGACGAUGUCGAGAAUCUACUUGCGCCUCAAGAUCAAUCACAGAAACAAGA